UAAUAUGUAACGUUGAAUUCGGUUGCGGGGAACAGGACAGGCUGGACUCGGGAGCCACGGCCAGCAAAAAACCCAGCGGCGACGGUCAGGCUCGACGCUAGAGAAUGAAAUGCCAUUUAUGGGCAGCCGCCUCCCCAUAUGCACAUGCCAGGCUAGAUCCACGACACAAGACGCAGUCCGAGGAACCUUCGUGAGAGGCAAACCGGCCCCUACAUUGACCAUGCAGCCAAAAACGGCGGUUGCCCUCUGCCUGGCCGCCGCGGGCCUCCAGGCGGCCGAGGCCGCCAAACGCCUUGUCUCUGCCGCCGGUCAGGCCGCGGCGAUCCCGUCGUGGGACCUGCAGUCGAGUUCAAAGGCGGGCGGGGACCUCGCAGCCCUGUCCAAGACGGGCGUCGACACCUCCUCGUGGCACCACGUCGCCGCGUCGAAGUGCACGCUGAUGGGCUGCCUCGUGCAGAGCGGCGUCUACGACGACACGCAGCUGUUCUUCUCUGACAACCUUAGCAAGGUCGACUCGGACCAGUUCCUGGUCCCGUGGCUCUACCGCAACGAGUUCGCCCUCGACGAUCCCGCCCCGGGCAAGCACUACUUCCUCAAGACGCACGGCAUCACCUCGCGCGCCGACAUCUUCCUUAACGGGAAGCAGGUCGCCGACAAGAGCGUCCAGGCCGGCGCCUACGGGGGCCACACGUACGAUAUCACCAGCUUCGCCGACAGGAAGAACGCCAUCGUCAUCCGUGCCUACCCGACGAGCUACUACUACGACUUCGCCAUCGGCUGGGUCGACUGGAACUACUGGCCCAACGACAACGGCACGGGCGUGUGGCGCGACGUCGAGGUCAAGCAGACCGGCUCCGUGGCCCUCGGCCCGCUCCGCGUGGUCACUCAGCUCGACUCAUCGCUCGGUGCGCAGCCGGCAAACGUGACGCUCAAGUCCAAGGCGCAGAAUCUGGAAACGACGGCCGUCACCGUCACGGCCACCGGCUCCGUCACGCCCGCCUCCGGGGGGGACCCGGUCGCGUUCAGCAAGAAAGUGACGAUCCCGGCGCUGUCGACGGUCGAUAUCGUCCUCGGCACCGCCAUCAAGAAGCCCGCCAUCUGGUGGCCCAAGCAGUGGGGCGACCAGCCGCUCUACCUGGCCAACCUGACGGUUUCCACCGCCGACGGGGACGUCUCGGACUCUGCGGGAAGCCAGUUCGGGUUCCGCACCGUCACGUCGCAGUACAAAAACAACGACACCAUGUUCAUCGUCAACGGACAGCCCUUCCAGGUCAUCGGCGGCGGCUACGCCCCGGACAUCUUCCUCCGGUGGGACGGCGCCCGGCUGGAGUCGGAGCUCGAGUACGUCCUCGACUUGGGCUUCAACACGAUCCGGCUCGAGGGCAAGAACGAGCACCCGGAGCUUUACGACGCUGCCGACCGAAUGGGCGUCAUGAUCAUGCCCGGGUGGGAGUGCUGCGACAAGUGGGAGGCGUGGAGCUACAACAACGACCUGGCGGUGACCACACCCGUGUGGAACGACGCCGACUACGCCAUCGCCAACGCGAGCAUGAUGCACGAGGUGGCCAUGAUGCAGACGCACCCGAGCCUGCUCAUGUACUUCAUCGGCAGCGACUACUACCCCGACGACCGGGCCGCGCCCAUGUACCUCGACGCGUUCGGCGCCGGCGACUGGCAGGUGCCCGUCAUCGACUCGGCGUCGUUCAGGGGCGACGACUCCAAGUACGGGCCGGCCGGCAUGAAGAUGGAGGGGCCGUACGACUGGGUGCCGCCCAACUACUGGUACGACACGGAGCCGUACGGCAGCCGGCUCGGCGCGGCCUACGGCUUCAACACGGAGCUCAGCGCGGGCGUCGGCACGCCUGACCUAUCGAGCCUCAAGAAGUUCCUCUCGGCGGCGGACCUCGACGACCUGUGGAAGAAGCCCAGCAAGAACCUGUUCCACAUGUCGACAGCCACGUCGUCCUUCCACAACCGCGCCAUCUACAACAAUGCGCUGUGGAAACGAUUGGGCGCCCCGACGUCGCUCGAGGACUACGUGCAGAAGGCGCAGAUCAGCGACUACGAGGCCAACCGCGCGCAGUUCGAGGGCUACUCGUCGCUGUGGAGCGCCAAGCGGCCGGCCACGGGCGUCAUCUACUGGAUGCUGACGGGCGCGUACCCCAGCCUGCACUGGAACGUCUGGGACUACUACAUGCACCCGGCGGGCGGCUACUUUGGCGCCAAGGCCGGCAGCCGGCAGGAGCACGUUACGUACGACUACGUGCGCCAGGCCGUGUACCUGGUCAACCACUCACUGGGCAAGACCGGGCCGCGGACCGUCGACAUCCAGGUCAUCGACACGGCCGGCAAGCUGACGUACAGCGGCAGCGUGGCAGCAGCGACAGCACCCAACGCCAGCAAGAACAUCGCGUCGCUCAAGUCGGCGCUCGGCGGCAUCAAGGACGUCGUGUUCCUGCGACUAGUGCUAUCCGACACCAAGAGCGGCGCAGUGCUCAGCCGCAACGUCUACUGGCUGGCCAAGACAACCGACGUGCUCGACUGGGACAACUCGGACUGGUUCGUGACACCCGUGACGACGUACAGCGACUAUACGGCGCUCAACAGGCUGGCGGCCGCCAACGUGACGGUGACGGCCGCGCAGCAGCAGCUGGCUAAGAGUGGCCCAGUGACGGUCACUCUCGAGAACCUGUCGGCCGUGCCCGCCUUCUUCGUCAGCCUCAACCUCGUCGACAAGGCCGGCCACGACGUCGUGCCGCUGACGUGGUCCGACAACUACGUCACGCUGUGGCCCAAGGAGAAGCUGACACUCACUGCCACGCCGAUUGGGGGCGCAUCGGCGGGUGCUUCUGUGUUGGUCACUGGGAAGAAUGUGGCCAAGCAGACUGUGGCUGUGUCGUAGGUUCCGGUUCCAGUCUGGUUGUGUCGUAGGUUCCGGUUCCGAUCUGGUUGAUCGGCGGCUUCCUUUGGCGUUGGCACCUAUUGGUUCUUGUCUAUAGCCAUCUUUGAUCAGGUACACGAAUCGAAUUCGAGUAAACACUGU